GGCAGGGAGUGGGAGGGAGGAGGGAGGACUUGGGAAGCAAAACAUGGCGAUAUAACAAGUUUGGCUGGUAGCCUCAGUUUUAAACAGCACCGUAUCUUUCAGUGUUGGACUACAACUACAAGUUCAUAAAUUCUGGACGUUGGAGAACGAAAGCAACGCUUAACUUGAAAGAGUCGAGGGCCCCAGUUGACAAGUAUUACGGUGGCUGGCGAGAACAUAGUGCCUGCCUGUCUGCCUGUGUUUUCCCCGGAAGGUUGGCAGUGCUAGGCGCGACUGUCAACACAGAAAAUGGAUGAAGAAGGAAAGUUUAUUCUGGAAAAGACUGUUUAGUGUGCUAGCUUAGCUACGUUAGCCACCCAGUUAACAUUCGAUUGAUCGCGCGCACCUGACUCGGCAUUCGGAUUACCGUGCGCUCCGGCUGAAAAUAAGGAAUAUUUAAGUCGUGUUAACAAGUUUGACAACUGCUGCCGCAAAGAAUCGUAUUUCAGACGAGGCCAUUAUUCUUUAUUUUCUGCACUUAUUCCAUAGUAAUAUUCCGGGAGGACAUAUUUUUAAGGCUAAUAAUGUCAGCCUGACAGUCGGUUCUGGUACGGUGCGGACGGACCCGGACGCCAUCACAUCAGACGUUGCGUUCUCCUUAAAAACAACCAUUGCGUUGCUGAGCCGUAAAUGUUAUUUUAUACUCUAUCAGCAUAGCAAGGAAUGCUCCAGUGGCACACCAGACCUAUCUGGUAGUUUUUCCCCUUGAGACGUAUCAUUUGAUCAAAUACAACAUUAGCUGGAAUGUUGUACAGUAGCAAAGACGCGGCGUCUCGUCAAAAUGAACGCAGCAAGGUGUUCAACAACAGUGGAGGUGCACUGCAUUGAAAACCUGCCAGUAGUUGGAACGGUACCGAUGACCGGCUAACGGCGUCGUGAACAGUUUGUUGAAAUAUCUUAUUUAACUUGAAUGUGCUUUGAUCAGAUAGUGUUACCGGCAUCUCUGUAAAACAACUGCGGAUAACAUUAUAGCUCUCGACUAGAGUUGACGUGAGCUAGCCAGCUGGGUGCGCCUGUGGCAGCUCUAUCUGCGAUGUGUUUGCUAAUCUAAAAGCCACCGUGUUGUUCCGCAACUGUUUCGGCAUAUUUGGUAGCCCGUUUGCAAUAUUUUAUCUUGAAAGACAACCCCUUUCAAGCUUGUCUAAGCAGCCACCGAAUUUUUUCCAAAAUACUUCUUGUCAAAUAACUGGCUAACUUGUUAGCUAACGUUAUAAGUUUCGCCAGCUAUGUCUGAAAACGCCCCCACAAGAAGCCUGGAUGACAUAGACCUCGCAGCCCUGAGGGAUCCAGCAGGAAUCUUUGAGCUGGUUGAGGUUGUCGGCAAUGGGACAUAUGGGCAGGUGUACAAGGGCCGUCACGUGAAGACGGGCCAGCUGGCUGCCAUCAAGGUGAUGGAUGUUACGGAGGAGGAGGAAGAGGAGAUCAAAGCAGAAAUCAACAUGCUGAAAAAAUACAGCCACCACCGCAACAUAGCCACGUACUACGGUGCCUUUGUUAAGAAGAGUCCACCAGGGCACGAUGACCAACUCUGGCUGGUGAUGGAGUUUUGUGGGGCAGGAUCAGUGACCGACCUGGUUAAAAACACUAAGGGCAGCUCUCUAAAGGAGGACUGGAUUGCUUACAUCUGCAGAGAGAUCCUAAGGGGCCUUUCUCACCUCCACGCCCAUAAAGUCAUCCACAGAGACAUCAAGGGCCAGAAUGUGCUGCUAACAGAGAAUGCAGAGGUCAAACUUGUUGAUUUUGGGGUCAGUGCUCAGUUGGACAGGACCGUUGGGCGUAGGAACACCUUCAUUGGCACACCAUACUGGAUGGCACCUGAGGUCAUUGCCUGUGAUGAGAACCCUGACUCCACCUAUGACUACAGGAGUGAUAUCUGGUCCUUGGGGAUCACAGCUAUUGAGAUGGCAGAGGGAGCACCUCCCUUGUGUGACAUGCACCCAAUGAGAGCCCUCUUCCUGAUACCGAGGAAUCCCCCUCCGAAACUUAAAUCCAAAAAGUGGUCCAAGAAAUUCAUUGACUUUAUAGAGGGCUGUCUCGUGAAGACCUAUCCCAGCCGACCGUCCACAGAACAGCUGCUCAAGCACUCCUUCAUCAGGGACCAGCCCACUGAGCGCCAGGUCCGAAUUCAGCUGAAAGACCACAUUGACCGUACACGCAAGAAAAGGGGAGAAAAAGAAGAGACAGAGUAUGAGUAUAGUGGUAGUGAUGAAGAGGAUGAAAAUCGUGGAGAUGACAGAGAGUCAAGUUCAAUCCUCAAUGUGCCCGGUGAGUCCACCCUUAGACGGGACUUCCAGCGUCUGCAGCAGGAGAACAAAGAGCGCUCGGAGGCUCAUAAGAGGCAGCAGGCCCAACUGGCUGCUCAGCGCCGGGACCCUGAGGAACACAAGAGGCAACUGUUGCAUGACCGACAGAAACGCAUUGAAGAGCAGAAGGAACAGCGACGCAGACUUGAAGAGCAACAGAGAAAAGAGCGAGAGAUGGUGAGGCAGCAAGAAAAAGGUCCCCACCGGAGACUUGACGAUAUGAGACGGGAGGAAGAUAGAAGGUUGGCUGAGAGGGAGCAGGAGUUUAUCAGACAUAAAUUAGAAGAGGAACAGCGGCAGUUAGAAAUCCUUCAGCAGCAGUUGCUUCAGGAGCAGGCAUUGCUUAUGGAGUAUAAGCGCAAGCAGCUGGAGGAACAGCGUCAGUCAGAGAGGCUACAGAGGCAGCUGCAGCAGGAGCAUGCCUACCUGGUGUCUCUGCAACAACAGCAGCAAGAGAAGAAGCCCCAGCUCUACCACUAUAACAAAAACCUGGAGCCCAACAACAAACCUACUUGGGCUCGUGAGGUGGAGGAGAGGAGUAAACUCAACAGACAGGGCUCACCCAAAAUCUGCACCACUGUCUCUGACACUGCUAUCCAGUCACGCUCUGACUCAAUCAGCCAGUCAGGAGUGGUCCAGUCUGCUCAGACCCCACCAAUGCAGAGGCCUGUAGAACCCCAAGGAGGACAGGGCAAGUUCCAGAUGGCUCACUUGGUUCCUCUGAAGCCUUAUGCUGCCCCUGUCCCUCGCUCCCAGUCCCUCUGUGACCAGCCCACUAAGACCAUGUCCGCCUUCCCCACCCAGGAUCCCUCCCUCACCCCCACCCCCCGCCCCAUCCACUCUAGAGAGCUGGUGCGUCAAAACUCAGACCCCACUUCUGAAACCCCCGCACCACAGGCACACCAAAUCAGAGAAGAUCGCGGCCCCUGGAUCCGCCUGCCAGAUGUGGAACUCCCACCCAAAAUUCCACAGAGGACAGCAUCAAUUGCCACAGCUCUCAACACUAACCUGACAUCUGGCAUAAGGCAUCCAGUAAGAGCCAGCAAUCCAGAUCUCAGCCGCAAUGAUCGCUGGGAGAGAGGAGACAGUAUGAGCAUCAUAUCCAAUCUGCCCCAGACUGGCUCUCUAGAGAGGCAUCGCAUCCUCAGUUCCUCCAAAAUGGAUUCACCCAUUCUCUCCCACGAAAGUCGGCAUAAGCCAGGGGAGUCUCGCACCUCCUCCCGCCCUGGGCGCCCUGCUGACCAUGGUCUCUUUGCCAAGGAGCGUGCUGAGGAACAGCCAAGGCCACCAGUCAAGGCCAAUGAUUAUUCCUCAUCCUCUGAGAGCAGUGAGAGUAGUGAGGAGAGUGAGAGUGGCGAGGGAGCAGAGGAGGAAGAAAGCCCCACAGAUCGUCACAGGGACGCAGACACUGAUUCAGUCAACACCAUGGUGGUUCAUGAAGACGAAGGCGAGGGGGGAGAUGGAGAGCAAGCUGGAGGGUAUGGGGAUCAGACAAUGCUGGUGCAGAGGACCCCAGAGAAGCGGAGCCAUAAUGGAUACACUAACUUGCCAGAUGUGGUGCAGCCCUCCCACUCCCCCACUGAUUCAGCCACUCACUCUUCCCCUGGGAAGGACUCUGUUUAUGACUAUCAGUCGAGAGGUUUGGUUAAAGCAUCUGGCAAGUCCUCCUUCACCACCUUCGUGGAUCUGGGCAUGUACCAGUCACCAGGAGGUACAGGGGAUAACAUCUCUGUCACUAGCUCCAGGUUUGAGCAGCUGAAGAUGGAGGUGAGAAAAGGAUCCAUGGUGAAUGUCAAUCCCACCAACACACGCCCCCCCAAUGACACACCUGAGAUCCGCAAGUACAAGAAGAGAUUUAACUCUGAGAUCCUGUGUGCUGCACUUUGGGGUGUGAACCUGUUGGUGGGCACAGAGAACGGUUUGAAGCUGCUGGACCGUAGUGGUCAGGGCAAGGUUUACCCCCUCAUCAACUCCCGCAGAUUCCAACAGAUGGACGUCCUGGAGGGCCUCAACCUGCUCAUCACCAUAUCAGGCAAGAAAAACAAGGUGCGUGUCUACUACCUGGCCUGGCUGAGGAAUAAGAUCCUCCACAAUGACCCUGAGGUGGAGAAAAAGCAAGGCUGGACCACUGUGGGGGAGAUGGAGGGCUGCGUGCACUACAAAGUGGUGAAAUAUGAGAGGAUAAAGUUCCUGGUGAUCGCUUUGAAGAAUGCAGUGGAAGUGUACGCUUGGGCACCCAAACCUUAUCACAAAUUCAUGGCCUUCAAGUCUUUUGCAGACCUGCCACACAGGCCUGUCCUGGUUGACCUAACAGUGGAGGAGGGUCAGAGGUUGAAGGUCAUCUAUGGCUCUUGCGCUGGUUUCCAUGCCAUUGACGUGGACUCUGGAAACAACUAUGACAUUUAUAUCCCUGUACAUAUCCAGAGCCAUGUGACACCACACGCAAUUGUGUUCCUGCCCAGCUCAGACGGCAUGGAGAUGCUGCUGUGCUACGAAGACGAGGGUGUCUAUGUCAACACCUACGGACGUAUCAUCAAAGACGUGGUCCUGCAGUGGGGAGAGAUGCCCACAUCUGUUGCUCAUAUCUGCUCGAAUCAGAUCAUGGGCUGGGGAGAAAAGGCCAUUGAGAUCCGCUCUGUGGAGACUGGACACCUGGAUGGUGUCUUCAUGCACAAAAGAGCUCAGAGGCUUAAGUUCCUUUGUGAGAGAAAUGACAAGGUGUUCUUUGCAUCAGUGCGGUCUGGCGGCAGCAGCCAGGUGUACUUCAUGACCUUGAACAGAAACUGCAUCAUGAACUGGUGAAGGAACAGCUGCUCUGGUCAGUGUGUGGAACCCAGCAGGGUUUGGAGAAGGAAGUGCAUCUGAAAAUUCUUGCAAACGCAUGCACACAAACGCGAACACUUCCCUCACUUUCUCUCCAGUUCACUCUCACACAUGCACUCUAAUAGACAA